UGUGAGGAGGAUUCCCGGCCUGGCGCUGGGAGGGAGGGACAGGCUGAAGGAGGCCGGCUUAUGGACACGUCGCGGACGUGCCUCUGACUCCAGGCCGGCCCCUCCCUCCGCCUCUCCCCGGCCCUCCUUCUCCUCCUCCUGGGUAAGGGAUCUGAAUGAGAAGAGGGGGACCGGCCGCACAUCCAGCGCGUAGCGGGCCGAGGGGAAGUGAUCCAUAGGCGGUAUAUAGGCGAUACAGAACCUACAGUAAUACUAGAGAACUUUUAAGGGAAGCACGAUGGAGUUUUAUGAGUCCACAUAUUUUAUUGUCCUGGUCCCCUCUGUGGUCAUUACGGUUAUCUUUCUCUUCUUCUGGCUUUUUAUGAAAGAGACCUCUUACGAUGAGGUUCUUGCAAAACAGAAGAAAGACCAGAAGCCCCCUCCUGUCAAGAUAGAAAAAAAGAAAACAGACAAAAAAAAGAACAAGAAGAAAGAAGUUCAGAAUGGCAACCUGCAUGAAUCAGACUCUGAAACAGCCAUGCGCGACUUUGAUUUGGUGGACGCUCUCUCCAGUGAGGAAGAACAUGUUGUCCCCACUCCUGUUGUUUCGCCAGAGUCUUUUGGAAAUAUAAGGGAACGAAAGAAAAAGGACAAGAAACCUUCAAAACCAAUUGAGGAUCAAGCCAUCAAGGAAAUCAAUGGAACAAAAUUACCUAGUAAGAAACCUGAACCUGUUCCAGUUACCAAACAGCCAACACCACCACCACCACCAGAUACCGGAGUAUCCAAGAAGAAAGCAGGGCAGAAGAAGCAAAAGAAUGGGAGAGACGAUUCACCAUUAAGUCCUGAGACAAAGAAUGAACAAGUUGUCCCCUCUUCUAAAAAACAAGAGCCCCUUAGCCUGCCAGUUGAGGUGAAACCACAGGAGAGCGGGGCAGGAGGGAAGAAGAAAUCUUCCGUUAAAAAGCAAAAAGUAGAAACUGUUUCAGGCUUAGUGGAUGAGCCAUUAAUUCAGGCCACUGUUUAUAUCCCAUUAAUGGACAACUCGGAAGUAAAUGUGGUUGAAAAGAAAGAGCCAGCCAACUUGGAGAAAUUGGAGUUGCCUGAGAAUCUUCCGAAAAGCAGUGGCAAGAAGAUGAAGAUAGUUACAGAUAAAGAAAAUUCUGAAGUGAAAUUCAAGGAUUUUCUUCUGACCCUGAGAAACAUGGUGUUUACAGAAGAAGAAGCGCUGUCCUUGGUGGAUGCGCUGAAGGCUAAAUCUAAUGCUGUACAAGACAUUGUACACAAGGCCAGCAGGGGAGAUGCCACUGCUGCCCUUCACCAACUGCAGGAAAAGGAAAAGCAUCUUAUUGCAGCCAGAGACGAAGCUGCAAAAGUGAAGGAACAGUGCAAACAGCUCUCUCAGGAGCUUGUAGCAGAAAAACAAAAGUUGAACUUGGUUGAAGCAAAAGCAAGGGAGAGGAUAACUCUCCUGGAGAAAGAGCAUGGGGUUUAUCAGAGCAAGAUGCACAGCAGCUACCAAGAGGCACAGCAAAUGCAACUAAAGUUUCAGCAGGUCCGUGAGCAGAUGGAUAAUCAAAUUUCACACCUAAAACAGGAAAACACUAUCCUAAGAGAUGCUGUCAGCUCGGCCACCAAUCAGAUGGAGAGCAAGUACGUGAUGAAGCAAUCCAGUGAACUUAAUAAGCUUCGGCAGGAUUAUGCCAGGCUGAUGAGUGAGCUCACGGAAAAGAAUAAUAGGGUGGCGCAGGAGGAACUGCAGAAGAAGACCUCAGAGCAAGCUGUAGUGCAACUAAAGUCCCAGAUGCAAGAGGCAGAUCGAAACUGGAAGGAAAUGGAAAAGUAUCUACGAGCAAGAGUUACAGAGUCUGAAGGAGCACAGCAAGAAUUGCAAGCAAAGCUGAUCAACAAGGACAGUGAAGUUCAGAGCCUACACAGCAAACUUACAGACACUAUGGUCUCUAAACAACAGCUGGAACAGAAAAUCAUGCAAUUCAUGGAUGCUGGGCAGGGGGACAGUCUGCAGGAUCUGGUGAAACAAAAUGAAGCUCUGAAUGCCCAGGUUCAGAAAUUACAUACACAAAUUGCAGCUCAGUCCUCAGUCAUUGUCGAAGAAAUGCAAAAAACGAUUGCAGAGAAGGACAAGGAAAUUAAGCAGAUGUCCGAUACGCUGGCAUUUGAACAUGCUAACUUUGCAAACAGUGGAGAAGAGCUAAAGGAGCUGCUGAAAGAAAAUGAAGCUCUGAAAGCCCAGGUGCAGAAAUACCACACACAAAUUGCAACACAGUCUUCAGCUCUGGCUCAUUUAGAAGGUCUUCAGAAAAUGGUUGCUGAAAAAGAUAAGGAGAUCAAACAAGUGCAAGAUUCUCUUUCUCUGGAACAUGCCAAUUUCUCCAACAGUAAAGAAGAGCUCAAGGCGGUACAGAGAGAGAACGUAGCACUCAAAUCAGAGCUGCAGUCUCUUCAUACUGCGAAGGAUGAAAAGGUUAUGCUAGCCAAUUCAUUGGAACAGAUGAAAAGAAGUGUCAUGGAAAAGGAUGAGCAAAUUAGAAAACUGGAUGGAAAACUCAACACUGAGCUUGCAAAGGUGUCCAGCAACAUAGAGGAUUUUAAGGCUAAUAAGGAUGCACUGGGACAGUUGGAGAAAAGUAUGCAAGAGAAAGAUGAGAAAAUCAAAACAGUAGAGGAACUUCUGGAGACUGGGCUAAUACAGCUGGCAAACAAAGAAGCAGAACUGAGGGCAAUAAGGGAUGAAAAUGAAUCCUUGAGAUCAGGCUUGAAGGCCCUACAGGAGCAGCAAUCUGCACAGAUAUCACUCACUUCUGUUGUGGAAGAACUUAAAAAUCAGAUCCACGAGAAGGAGGGAACCAUAAAAUCUGUGCAAGAUCUUCUCCAGGCUGAGCAGCGGAAAGCCAACAGCCACGAGGCGAAUGUUACGGCAUUGAACCAAGAAAUCAAGUCUCUGAAGGAAGCUUUAGGAAAUAGCCAGCUUGAAAAGGCUGAACAGAUUUCCAAAGGAGCACAGGUGCAGGAACUACAGAACGAAUUGAGAAGCAAAGAAGAAUCAUUAAAAAACAUAGAAAUGCGAUUCAAAGAACGUGAGAAAGAUAUUGCUGAUAGAGAGAGACAAAUCCAGGAUCUGGAUAAAGAAUGUAAAGUGCUGAAAGCGCAUACUGAAGAAGUACGAAAACAACUACAACAGCGAGAGUCUGCGUCGUCACAAGCUGCAAAUCUUCAGAGUCGGCUGGCAGAGCAACAAGAGAAGGUUAGAAACAUAGAGGCCAUACUGCUGGAGAAGGAGAAAUCUGUUAAUGACAAAUCUCAGGAACUACAGACUUUAAGAGCUGAAAAUAAUGUUUUGAGGGUUCAGGCCUGUGAACUGCAACAGAAACACGAGCAGCAGAUGGAACAGGCCUCAUCUGCUACCCAUAGUGAAGAAGUAUUAAAGACACUUGCAGAAAAAGACCGACAUAUAAGAGAGCUACAAAGUGAGCUGGAAUCGCUAAGAUCUGCUGUGGAACAGCAACGAAAGAAGAAUAAUGACCUUCGGGAGAAAAACUGGAAAGCAAUGGAAGCUUUGGCAUCCACUGAAAAAAUGCUACAAGAGAGAAUGAACAAGACAGCCAAGGAACAGCAGCAACUGGCCCAAACAGCUGAGACCCAGGCCAGGCAGGUCCUGCAGAAACUCUUCCCCGGUGUCUCUGUUUCGGCGGGUUUGUGUCAUGGUGAUUGGGUGCAGGAGUUUGAGAAAGGUGCAAGGAAUUGUUUGAAUGAAAGUGCAGGAGCUGAGAAAGUGAAGGUUUUGGAGCAAAAGCUGAAGGAAGGAGAGGAGAUCCAUACAAUGUUGCAGCUUGAGUGUGAGAAAUACAAAUCGGUGCUGGCAGAAACGGAAGGAAUUCUGCAGAGGCUGCAGCGCAGUGUGGAGGAAGAAGAAGGGAGGUGGAAGUUAAAGGUUGAUGAUUCACAGCAGGAACUAAAUGAGGUCCAUUGUAUGGUUCGUAAACUGGAAACAGAACUGGAGAAUUUAAGAAAGAAAGACAAGGAAGCAGAAAAUCUGCGAAAGGCGUUGGAUCAUUUGGAAUCAGAGCUGGAGAAAGCAGAAACAGAAAGAACCACUUAUGUUUCAGAAGUCAGAGAGCUCAAAGAUCUGUUGACUGAAUUGCAAAGAAAGCUUGAUGGUUCAUAUUCAGAAGCCAUAAGGCAGAAUGAAGAGCUUACUUUGCUGAAGACUCAGCUCAAUGAAACAUUACUGAAACUGGAAGAAGAACAAAGUGAGCGGCAGAAAGUAGCAAGUGAUCUGCAUGAGGCCCAGAAAUCACUGGAUCUCAUUCAGCUGGAAAUCCUCAAAGACUCAGGGGACUCCAAUGUCAUUGAGAACAGCGACAUUUCUCCAGAAAUGGAGGAGCAGGAAAAGAAAGAGAAGAUAAUGCCAAGUUUAAGUCAGACAGUGACAAAGUUACAGCAGUGUCUUCAGGCAGUAAACCAGCAACUUACAAAGGGAAGAGAACACUUUCAGAUAAUAGGAUAAAGUCACAGAGGGAACAUUCAACUGAGGACGGAGCAGGAGGCAUUGUAUUAUAUUUUGCCAAAAUAAAGCCUUAUUUAUGUUUUCACCCUUUCUACUUUGUCAGAAACACUGAACAGAGCUACAUCUUUUUCUAACGUCUUGUUAAAACUACUGAUUUAAGACAGGGAAACCUCUCCGCAUACAGUUUAGUUUUAUAGUAAAAAAAAGAGAAAAAAAAAACCUGAUAAAAUCUGUUUGCAUAUAUAGAUCUUUACAUUCCUGAAGAAGCAGUAAAAAAAAAAGUGUACCUUUUAGCCUAUUUUGCUCAGUACAGACUUAUCCAGAUUCAACUAUGGCAGAGAUACAAAUGUAAGAAUUCUAUAUAUCAUUUUAUUACAGAUAUUGUACACUCUUUUACUUAAAUACACUUUGGGAGUAGACGCCUCUGAUUUCAACCACAAGUAAACACUCCUUUUUGGUUGCUAAUUCAACCCAUUUUUGUAAUGGUGUCAGCAAAUAAAAGGAAACUUAUUCAAUCACCGCCUUCUUUAUGAGCUCAGUCACUAAUGCAGAGGUUUACUUGUUUUAAAAUAAAACUCUAAAAAAGCUAUGCAUACUCAAUAAAAUGACAAAAAUCA